AUGUCUGAUUAUCAAUUGAGCAAUGAAGAUCAUGAAGCAUUGGAAAAAUUUACAAAAUUUUUCUUAGUGAAAGCAGCACAAAUUAUUGUACAAUCGCGAUUAGGUGAAAAGAAAACAACUAAAUCGAAACCUGUUUGUUCUGGAAAUGAAUGGUUUCAUCUUUCGAUUAAAGACAUUCCAGAAGUCACUGUAAAUGCCAAAAAAUGUUUAGCCGAUGCACAGCAUCUUCUCAUUAAUAGUCCUCACAGUCCGUUUUGUGUUGAAAUAUCAUUACGGACACCAGAAAGUCAAACAAUCACAUUAGAAACAUGGUGUAUAUCUUUCGAUGAUUCAACUUCAGAUCCAGCACAACGUGUUCGCUUUAAUAUUUAUAAUCGUAUGAGUAUUGUUCUGCGAUCAUUACUUACGUGUACACGUGCAACACCAACAUAUCAACUAUCACGAAAACAAUCAGCUGAUAAAUACAUUAUUUGUUAUAAAAUGUACAGUGGUGAACCAAUAGUUGGUCAUCUUGGUGAGCAUUACUCGAAAAAAACGAUAGGAAACAUAAUAACACCGAUUGGACGUUUUGUCAUAAAUGUUGCCUAUCGAACACGUUUAACAAUGUCAUCGACGCCCAAUGAUAAUGGAACAGCUACAGCUUUUGCAGAUUUCGUUCUGGAUAUAAAGUAUGAUCAUUUUUCAUCAGAGAAAAAUCAACAUUACCCUGAAGAAGAUAAUGAUGCUCAAUUACCAUCAAUACAAAAUGCAAGUGUACCAAAAAGUUCGCCUAUUGAAGUUAUGAAACGAAGGCAUACCAGUAGUGAUUCUGUUUCUUCAAGUCAUGGAACACCAGACAAAGUUCAUUACCGUACGCUGCGUGCUGCCUUUGCAACACCUGCUACGAUUACAAAUGCUUCAACACAUCCAAGUUCAUAUUCUCGUAUCAAUGAUAACGAUCUACCAUAUGCACUUAUGAUGCAACCGCAACAAUCUAUGGAACAAGAACAACAUUCAAAACAUAACUUUUAUAUUAGUGGUGAUUUCGAAAAUGAAACAGCACCUGAUGAUUUCAUUCUUGUUGAGGUAAAACCAUUCUUUGGUAAAAGUGAUUCAACAGAUGAUCUAGCCUUAUUUAUUCGCUCGUGUCAACAGCCACCCAUACUUGAAUCAUUUGUUGUUGAGCCAUCACUUGGUGAAACAAUCAAUCAAUUAAAUGAAGAACUACGCGUAUUUGAAUCUAAAGUUGAAGAAUUUGAUCAACUUGUUAGUACAUUAUCGACUGCAGAAUAA